UAGGAAACCCUAAAAAUUUCUUACUUAUACAUUAAAAACAGAACACUAUUCACCGAAAAUUAUACUGUGAUCGACGAUCAUGACUAAUUCUGAUUCUGAUUCUGAUUCGGAGGACGAAGAACUUCGCCUCUAUAAUGAACAUGUAGCUAAAAGUGGGGGUUUUGAUGUUCCUGAUAUUAUUCCGAAAGGCAGUUUUUUCGGCGGAUUAAUCCGUCGCGUUGAUCUUUCAAAUCGCAGAAACUACGAAGACGUAGACGUCUGCGCUAAAUUUGCUAUCAAACACUACAACCAUCUACCAGAGAAUUAUGAGAAGAAGCUGAAAUUAGUGAAAGUUGUGAAGGCAACAAGUGCAGGUUUUUCGCACUUUUACGUAACGUUGAAGGCUAGAGAUUUUCGGGGCUUUGUUUCAGUGUACGAAACUGAAUUGUUUUAUACCCGUUUUGACAAUGAGCGCUCCGUGCAGUUAUUCAGGCCAAAACGCAAAAAAUCAGGAGCUGGUCAGACUAGGCAGGAAGAUCAAGUCAAGUAGAAGCAAUUCUAAUUCAGGAAAGCUAAACUAUAUAUAAUGUUGGCAUGGAUCUUUAUGGAUUUUUAUUUUAUGCUGAUAUAUUAAAGAGCGUGGUUCGUUCA